CUCACGAUGAUGGAUAACACAAUCAUCCACAAUCAUAAACACAGGCACGCGCGCAGCAGGAGAGGACAACCCGUCUCCUGCCACGCGAGGUAUAAAGAUCUUUGUAGUGUCGUGCUGCCACGUAAUGUGAGCAAAGUAGUAAUGUGAAAAAAGCCGUAGUGUAGACAGGUGCAGUAGUUGCGCUCUUUUGUGAACGGACGUGCCACACGCACUUCCCGCUUUUUUCGCCCCGUAGCCAACCCAUGGCCUCAAAAGAGCUCGACCAGCUCACGGCGGCGCAGGCCGCCGCGGCAGAACCCCCCACCACCAACCAGCUGCGGUGGGCGGCGUGGGAAAUGCUGUUCGUAGUCAAAGACUACAUACGAGCGGCAAGAAUGGCCAGUAGCAUCACAGUGCCCGACGACACUAUCCGCAAUAUCAAACAGAUGAAGCCAACAAAGAGCAGUGGAGAAAACGCAUCCGGGAAGCCACCGCAUACGUCAAAAACGUAGGCAAAUCCACGCAACAGGAGAGCGAGAAACCCCUCGCAGCACUACCGGACCACGUCCGCACCGCACUUAGCUGGGGCGACCGCAAACGCAACCUCGUCGCCCUGCGCAGGCUCAUCAGCUGGGCCGGACACCGAGACACCAAACUCCCCAACAUCCUCGCCCGGGGGGUCCUCACGAUCGGAAACGCAGACCCCACCGAGGGAGUGUGGGACCUCGACCCCACGGUCACAGCCAUCGACCCACAAGAAGUCCAGGACUUCCUAGACGCGGAACGGGUCAUACUCGACCUCGACCAGGAAGCCCCCGUGUCCAGCACCUUCCCCGCGGAUGUACUGCGCAAGCUGCUGGAAGGCUGCACCGACAUGGUGAAGAAAGGACUACGCAAGCCCAUCGCUCGGAAGGGCCUCAAAAUCCGACCCAGCCCCGCCUUCCCAAAAGUCGAGCUGGAGAAGAUCCGCCAAGUCAUCGACUCGCGGCACCAAAACCAAUACAGCCGCCUCGUCGAAAAAGUCCAAAUCAAGGGCACGCGCACAGUGCAGGAAAUCAUUAGCAUCUUCAUGCGACCGAUCGGCCACGAAGACGCGUACACCCUCCCGAGCUCCGUCUCGGCCAAAGAAACCUGGCGCCAAACCUCGGAGACGCUGGAAAAAGUCGCAGCCCAAAAACCCACAGCCACGCCAAGCAAGCCGGCCGAGCCGCCCAGCGUGGCCUCGCGGGCCGACGUCAUCGCCGAGGUCCAGCACUGGAACACAGCCCUCAAAAAACACAAGGGCGGAGGAGUCAUCCCAGAGAUGGGCACUAAAGACUUCGAGAAGUACUACUACGCCUUCGCAUGCCGCGACCCGAAGCUCAACGGCAUCGCGUUCUACGACCCCGACAUGCGGGUAUGGCAACGCGUGGAAUCGUACGUACUGAACAUGGGCAACACCCACUCCGUGCCCGGAGGUAUAUCCGCUUCCACCCUCGCCGCCUCCCCGGGCGGGAUACAAGUACGGGCAUGCGCGCACAACGCAAACCAAACUGACCAAAACCUAACAAAACUCCCCCCAUAA